AUGCCGAAAGCAAACAAAAAGAAGCUGGCCACGGCGCAAGCGCCAUUCGAGACGUCUCCCAAGCUGACGACCUCAUUUAUAAACGCCGACCCAAUUCUCGGGUACAAGAUCCGAGUUCUCAUCCAUGAUUUCCUCAAAGAAUCAGAAGAACCCGACGCGCAGCGACGAAUCGACUCAACGACCGAGGUCAACUACAUCAGCGGCCCUUACUUCGAUCAAGAACAAGCCAAACAAGUCAGGGAAGCCACUGUAGACGUGGAACUUCAGAUCAGCACAUCCGCAGCCACCCAAGACAACCAUGAAGGCGACGGAAAUGAUGAACGUCUGUCCAGGGUCAGAAUAAGCGGGCUGAACGUGGAAGAGGCUAUCGAGACAGUAAUGAAUGGGUUCUUGGAUGAGCGUAGGGCCAGUGGAGACGCUAGGCCUUGCGGACCACACGACCUCGCUCCGAUGUAUGCAGCACUUUUCGGCAUACAAUUGCUCGAGCUGCAGUCCCCUCGGUUCUUGAGGCGGCUGAGAAGGAGUGGGGUUUGA